AUGUUUGGUGCAAAUGAAUCGCUUUUCAGCUUGCGGUACAAAUGUUUGCAGAUGAGUAAAAAUCCACAGGAGGACCUGGUAUCAUAUGCAGCCAGAGUCAAUGCGCACUGUGAAAAGUUCAGGUUGGCAGAACUUUCAGUAGAUCAGUUUAAGUGUCUCAUCUACGUGUUCGGUUUACAAUCGCAUACUGAUGCUGAAAUACGUAUAAAAACAUUAGCAAAACUUGAAGAAAAUGCACAGCAGACUUUGAAUUCGCUUGUAAGCCAUGCGCAAAAGUUUAUCAAUUUAAAAAAAGAUACAGCAAUGGUAGAGGAAACAAAAGCCAUCAUUACCAACGCAAUACAUACAAGUGCACGCCAAAGCAAGAACGACACAAAUAAAAAUAACAAAACAAAUAAAGCAAAGAUUCCGAAAACGCCAUGUUGGAAUUGCGGAGAAAUGCAUUACUCAAAUUACUGUCCAUACCGUAGUCAAAAAUGUAAGCAGUGCAAUAAAUACGGUCAUAAGGAUGGGUAUUGUAAUUCAUACAGUGCCAACAAAGGAAAAACCACUAAACAACAGCGACAUAAGCAGCAGGUAAACAAGGGCCAGAACCAUAGGCUACAAGUCAAUUCGAUAACGCAUGUUACUCGACGAAAAUGCGCAACAGUCACCAUAAAGCCGGUAGCAGCCGCAAAUUCAGCAUUUCCGCCAUAUGAUGUCAAAAUGCAGGUAGACACAGCCUCAGACGUAUCAUUAAUUGGAAAGUCAACAUGGAUGAAAAUGGGUCAACCUGGUACUCGUUUGGUCAACAAAUACGUCACCAGCGCUUCAAAGGAUAAAAUUCAGCUAAUAGCCGAAUUUCCUUGUGAAGUUCGGUUAAACGGGGAAGUACAGCAUUGUAAAUUACUCGUAACAAAUAUUGAUUCCUUGCACGUCUUAGGUGUUGACUGGUGUGAUAUUUUCCGCCUGUGGGAAAAACCUCUCAAUCUCAUCUUUAACAGUAUAAAUUCGGCAGAAGUUCAACAAGCUACGCUGUUAACAAAGCUACAACAAGAUUAUGCAGACAUUUUCAAGCCAACUUUAGCAAAAUGUAGCACAGUUACAUCAACAUUGUACUUGAAACCAGAUGUACAACCAGUCUUUCGUGCUAAAAGACCAGUAGCAUAUUCCAUGUUACCGUUGAUUGAAGAAGAACUAGACAGAUUGCAGCAUCUAUUCGUUAUUACUCCAGUAGAUUUUUCCGAAUGGGCAGCACCCAUCGUUGCAGUAAAGAAGCCAUCUGGCAAAGUUCGUAUCUGUGGGGAUUAUUCGUCAGGACUAAACGCAUGUUUAGAGCCACAUCAGUAUCCUCUGCAUACUCCAGAAGAAAUUUACGCAAAAGUCGCGGGAAGUCAUUGCUUCUCAGUGAUAGAUUUAUCAGAUGCAUAUCUUCAAGUACCUGUCACGUCAGAGUCAGCCAAGUUACUCACCAUUAAGGGCCGUUUGAACCAUGUCUAG